CCCUAUAACUCAUCAGUUGGAUAGGAAUUGAAAUGAUAAUGAUUGUGCAUUGGUUUUAUCAAUAUUACUAAUUUACUCUUAUCAUUAUGUUAUUUAUUGCUACCAAAAGAUAAGGUUAUGCCUUUGCUUUAAUUUAAUUGGAAGCAGUAUUGACGUUAUGCACACGCCUGAAUCGAAAUGUUCUGAGGAAGUAAUGCUAUGUCGGGGAAAUUUACACCAAGGGUAUGCUGUUCUUGCAGUAAAAAAUCCCUGUGCAAGACAUCAAAAUGCGAAUGUCGGGCUGCAGCUAGCGGCUGUGGGACAGGAUGUGGUUGUGCGGCCUCUAAGUGCAGUAACAGAGGAGUUCUCUCUAUCAAGGUGGAUGACUCGCUGCAACAAAAGGUGGCUAGUGACUUGGUGCAUGUUUCAGACGCCUCACAAACUGAGAAAGCCAUUGUCACUUCUCAAUCUGCUGAGGUUGAUAAUCAUUGUGCACGGAUAAGGAAGCCAUUGUCUGAAAUUGGAAAUACUCUUGUCAUUUCCAGUCCUAUAAAACCUGACCAGAAAAUGAGAGGGAACAUAACAGUUACCCUGGUUGAUAUUGUAGAUCCGUCUUUUUCAGUGCCUGAAAUUGCUGAAAGCCCAAAAAAAAACAUACAAAGCUUAUCAGGCAAAUAUUCCUACAAGGUUAACCAAGGGCCAAGCGAUCAGCAGUCCCAAAAACAGAUACUUAAACAGUGAAGGCGGUGCUUAAUAAAUUUGUUGUAAAACACCUGGUGUGCCUGCUCUAAGAAGUUCAGUUCUACAGUUUAGAACAUUAAAUGAGAAUAGUGGCUUUUACGUUGAAUGUUGAGAUGUAUAGAGUUCAUCAUGGACUGAAAAUUGAGAUAAUAGGGAUGCAACAGGAGGGAUUGUUUCAAGUGUGAGAUUGAGGACCUCUUUAUAAGAUGGCAAGUGGAUGCCAAUAAAAAAAAUGGUGUACUACAGUUGAAGUUCCAUGCUUUUACGAGUGACUUAUUUUAAACCAUUGCUUUGUGAAAUUGGGUUGUCGGUUACGUGGUGUUUGUAGACAUUUUAGACAUGCCUGCUGUGCAUAAUUAGGUAAAGUUGAUUUUGGCUUGUCAAUAACCAUUCUUGUCUGCCCUGUUCUCUUUCUGUAGAGCAGUUUAAUGGGAAAUCUCUUUCGUUUCUCCUUUAAUUUACAGGCUGCUUGUAUUGCUUCCUUUCAGGCGUUAAGAAACAG